CGCCUCGGUGUUGUGGUGUUUACAACAGCAGCGGCAGCGGCAGGAGGUCGCCGGUGGAGCCAGGCCGGGCUAAGGACGCUCGGGCCAGAGCGGCGAAGAGGCCGCCCCAGCGCCCAUGUGCCCUCAGCCGCCCAUGGAGGUGAUGGAGGGGCCGCUCAACCUGGCUCAUCAGCAGAGCAGAAAAGCUGACCGUUUGCUGGCAGUGGGAAAGUACGAAGAAGCAAUUUCUUGUCACAAAAAGGCAGCAGCAUAUCUUUUGGAGGCUAUGAAGCUGACACAAUCAGAUCAGGCCCGUUUAUCAUUGGAAUUACAAAGGGAGAGUCACCUGAAACAGAUAUUGCUUAUCCAAGAGCGGUGGAAAAGAGCAAAAAGAGAAGAGAGACUGAAACUACAGCAAGCAGCGGACAAGGAUUGUGCUACACCCCUGCAGGCUUCCUCUAAACCAUCAGCUGAGGAUACUGAUGACCAAAAUGUGACAGCUCCUGCUAGUCUCAAGUUCAACCCCUCCCCAGAGAAAGAUGUGCAGGCAACCCAUGGUGUCUUGGAUAGGGACCCAGAUACAUUACUGUUUCUGCUUCAGAAAAGAAAGGAACCGCUGGAAGUAUGCGUAAGAAGCAAAACUCCAAUGGAUGACAAGACAAAAGUGGAGGAGCAGGCCACCAAAAUUGCAGUUCUGGAACGGCACGUGGAAUUUCUUUUAGCUGAAAAUGAGAGAUUAAAGCAAGAGAACAAGCAGCUAAAGGCUGAGAGGGCCAGGCACUUAAAAUCCCCCCUGGAAAAGGAGCUGGAUGUAGAUGCUGACUUUGUGGAGAAGUCAGAGUUGUGGGGUCUGCAGCAGCAUUCAGAAACUGCUGCUACAUCCGCUUCAACGUGGCAGAAAUUUACGACAAACGCCGGGAAGGCCAAGGACAUUCCGAUACCCAGCCUUCCCCCGCUGGACAUUCCAUCCCCCGAGCUCCCUCUCCUGGAGCUCUCGGAGGAUAUCCUGAAGGGACUCAUGAACAGCUAAGUGAAGACCACCAUGUACACUCACUUGUAGCUCAGCAAAAUCCAAAAAGGGAAAGCCACCAGUACAGCUGUGAUCCACGGGCAGAAACAUCAGCUACAACCCUAGUAAGGGAGGGGGGAAUCUUAGUGACUUCGUCACUGUGAAAAAAUAUGCAUGAUAUUGGGUUGUUUGAACAGAGCUUACAGUUUACCAUCGUUGGUAAGAGCUAAGCACUCUUUUUUUCUUCUUCAAGCCAAAUGACUGAGGGGAGACUCAAGUAACACAAUCCUGCAGGGCUUCUGGGUAUGCUGUGUGUAACAGGUCUCCCUAAUGCCAUAAAAUGAUGCAAUGCCUAAGUGAUAUGGGCCAGAUGGUGACAAUGUUGGCAGCAGAAGAAAUUUUCUAUCAUGCAUUUUGAUUGCUUUUUGACUUAAUUAUGCACAAAACCUGGGCAACAGAUUGGAUGUUGCCUCUGUUCCUCUGCAGGAUGGAUCUACGUGCCACACUUCUGUACUCCUGAUUUAAAAUGUAAUAGCCAAUCAGGAGAGAUGCUAAAUUUCCAUUUUUUUAAGGAACCAAAUUUAGUUCUGUUGAAAUAUUUUGAUUUGUUUACAUAAUCAGGGUGCUUCAUAAUGUGUGUCUUCUAUAUAAGAAACUGCUAGGCAUUGUUUUAAACAAAUACACAAGGAAGAACAAUCCUUGGUGCAUGAAUGGAAGUAAUGGUAGUAGCCAGGAAAUAAAAUGUUUCAGGUCUGUUUUGAA